AUGUCCACGGCUGUUGACAACUGGAUUAAGGGGUGUGGCAGAUGUGUUAGACGGAAAUCGAACACCAAUAUUCGUGCUCCAUUAGUCAACAUCUCCACCAGCCAGCCAAUGGAGUUAGUCUGCAUGGACUAUCUGACGUUUGAGACAUCAAAAGGAGGUUUCCAGAACAUCUUGGUGAUCACAGAUCACUUCACCCGUUAUGCUCAGGCUAUUCCUACAAGAAACCAGACAGCAAGAACAACAGCAGAGGCUCUCUUCAAUAACUUCAUUGUUCACUAUGGAUUUCCUCUUCAAAUCCAUUCUGAUCAAGGAGCCAGCUUUGAGAGCCAGCUCAUCAAACAGCUUUGUUCAGUGGCAGGGAUAACGAAGUCGAGAACAACCCCAUACCACCCGAUGGGAAAUGGCAUAACUGAGAGGUUCAACAGGACUCUUCUUAGUAUGUUGGGAACAUUAGAUCCUAACAAGAAGACUGACUGGAAGUCUUACAUCUCACCUCUUGUUCAUGCUUACAACAGCACGAGACAUGAGACAACAGGACAUUCACCUUUCUUCUUGAUGUUUGGCCGCCAUCUUAAAUUACCUGUGGAUAAACGACUACAGGAUUCUUACAAGCUGGCAUCCGACCAUAUUGACCAAAGCCAACACAAGCAGAAGAAGUAUUUUGAUGCAAAAGUGCGAGGUGCAAUCAUCCAUAUUGGAGACAGAGUACUUGUCAGGCAGUUGGCUUUCGAGGAAAAACACAAACUGGCAGAUAAAUGGGAGGAAGAUGUGUACAUUGUACAUCGUCAACCUAAUCCAGAAAUCCCAGUAUUUGUGCUGAAGAGAGAGGAUGGACAGGGAAGGAGUCGCACUUUACAUCGCAACCUUCUCCUGCCAAUCACUUCUCUUCCUUUUAUUUUAGCCAAUGAAAAGCCAAGACGGAUACUGCCUGACAAACCACCAUCGACGACAAGACUGCGACCGCACCUACCAAAGACACCAGUGAGAAAACCACAGUUAUCAGAAUCCAACGAUGGAGCAACCCCAUCUGGAGAUGAUAGUUUGUUGGAGGAUUAUUCUGAUGGGUUUGUGGUUGGUCCUUCGGUUCAAGAACCUCCAGUGGUCAGCGCCCCAAACAUCGCUGUCAUAGAUGCUGGAGAAGGAACUAGUUCAGGAGAUACCACCCAACCUGACAUUGCGAUCAGCAACGGUGUUGAACAGGAUGAAGAACCAGAAGAGGAACCGUUGGAAACAGAAACCUUAUCAGUGGAUCAAGAGUUGGAUCAAGAUGAUGAACGGGAUUCUAUACCAGAGUCCAUAGGAUCCAAUGGUGGGCAAGAUAGUGUCAGCUGCCAUGAUUCUUCACCAGAAUCAGACCAUGAAGUUCAAGGUGCAGAGGACACGCUACCAAUACCCAGAAGAGCCAAUAGAGACAGACGUCCACCAGCUAGAUUUCGAAGUGGAGAAUUUAGUAUGCUCCAAACAGCAUGUACUCCGGAAUCUACUUGGAGAGAGAAAGCUACUUUUCUGCAGGCUUUGGCAGAAAGUGAUUUUUUUCUCAAGAGCUCCUAG